AACGAUCAUAUACUUUUGUCGCAUUGCGCAUUUUAUCAUUCGAUCAAAACAUUCUGGAGUAUAUUGUCAUAAGCAUACACGUAUUGAAGGUGUAACACUGUAGGAAAUAGUUUAAUUUUAUACAAAGGAUUAUAAAAUAUUUGUCAUUAUGGUAGAUCAGUUGUCCGGGGAUCAAAUUGCUGAAUUCAAAGAGGCGUUCAGUCUUUUUGACAAGGAUGGUGAUGGCACAAUCACAACAAAAGAGUUAGGAACAGUAAUGAGGUCCUUGGGACAGAAUCCCACAGAAGCUGAUUUAAAAGAAAUGGUCAAUGAAGUGGAUGCUGAUGGAAAUGGAACGAUAGACUUUGCUGAAUUUCUCAAUAUGAUGGCUCGUAAACUGAGGGAUACAGAUAGUGAAGAAGAAAUUCGCGACGCUUUCCGUGUCUUCGAUAAAGAUGGCAACGGAUUUAUAAGUGCAUCUGAACUACGAAAUGUGAUGACUAAACUAGGAGAAAAACUUACAGAUGAAGAAGUUGAUGAAAUGAUUAGAGAAGCAGAUGGUGAUGGUGAUGGUCAUGUUAAUUAUGAUGAAUUUGUAAAAAUGAUGAUGGCCGAUCAAUUGACAGAGGAACAGAUCGCUGAAUUCAAGGAGGCAUUUAGUUUGUUUGACAAGGAUGGUGAUGGCACAAUCACAACAAAAGAGUUGGGAACAGUAAUGAGGUCCUUGGGACAGAAUCCUACAGAAGCAGAGUUACAAGACAUGAUCAAUGAGGUGGAUGCCGACGGUAAUGGAACGAUAGACUUUCCAGAAUUUCUGACCAUGAUGGCUAGAAAAAUGAAAGAUACAGAUAGUGAAGAAGAAAUAAAAGAAGCGUUCCGAGUAUUUGAUAAAGAUGGCAAUGGUUACAUAAGUGCAGCUGAACUCAGACAUGUUAUGACUAAUCUAGGAGAAAAACUUACAGAUGAAGAAGUUGAUGAAAUGAUUAGAGAAGCUGACAUUGAUGGAGAUGGUCAAGUUAAUUAUGAAGUAACACUGAUCUAUAUAGACUGUAGCAGGUACGCUUGUUUACUUUGGGACUAUACAACGCCAUUCAAAUUGUCGUUCUUCAAUGAUUCUGUUGUUCUUUAUAUUAUUGCCACAUCAGUGUUAUUUGUGCCGUUUGGAGGUCGCAAAAAGUCGCCCAGUACAUUUAUUCAAAGAUGUUAUACUUUCAAUCCUAGGAGACCGUUCAGCGCAACCUUACUGUUGUGUGCACAUGCCGAUCAAUUGACAGAGGAACAGAUCGCUGAGUUCAAGGAGGCAUUUAGUUUGUUUGACAAGGAUGGUGAUGGCACGAUCACAACAAAAGAGUUAGGAACAGUAAUGAGGUCCUUGGGGCAGAAUCCUACAGAAGCAGAGUUACAAGAUAUGAUCAAUGAGGUUGAUGCUGAUGGUAAUGGAACGAUAGAUUUUCCAGAAUUCCUUACCAUGAUGGCUAGAAAAAUGAAAGAUACAGAUAGUGAAGAAGAAAUAAAAGAAGCGUUCCGAGUAUUUGAUAAAGAUGGCAAUGGUUACAUUAGUGCAGCUGAACUCAGACAUGUGAUGACAAAUCUAGGAGAAAAACUUACAGAUGAAGAAGUUGAUGAAAUGAUUAGAGAAGCUGACAUUGAUGGAGAUGGUCAAGUCAAUUAUGAAGAAUUUGUGAAGAUGAUGAUGUCGAAGUAACCUGAAGAACAAGUUUUGUUUUGUUUUUAAAAACUGUACACUUGCAUUAUUAUCUACAAAAUGAAUCUGCAAUAAGAUCAUCUUGAUGACAUUAUACAUGUUUGUUUUAUGUUACACUGCUAUAUUACUUUAAUAAAAUCUUAUUUUCUA